UAAUAACACAACAUAAAUUCAAUUCAAUUCGAUCCGAUCCCAUUCGACUCACCUCACUCGCUCCCUCACCGGUCCAACAAUUAAUUUGUUAUAGUUUGGAAGAGCAUCAGAGCUAGCUGAAAAAUGGCGGUCCGCGUUCCGAGACGGCAGUUAUUCAUCGACGGGGAGUGGAGAGAACCGUCCCUCAAGAAACGCAUUCCGGUCAUCAACCCUGCCACUGAAGAAACCAUCGGGGAUAUUCCUGCAGCUACCGCUCAAGAUGUGGAGAUCGCCGUGGAGGCUGCUCGAAAAGCCCUUGCCAGGGACAAGGCGAAAGAUUGGUCCUCUGCGCCAGGGGCUGUUCGGGCCAAGUAUUUGCGCGCUAUUGCUUCUAAGAUAAAAGAGAGAAAAUCCGAGCUAGCCAAACUCGAAGCAAUGGAUAGCGGAAAACCACUGGAUGAAACUACAUCUGACAUAGGGGAAGUCGCCAGCUGUUUUGAGUACUACGCAGGCCUUGCCGAAGGAUUGGAUGCAAAGCAAAAGACUCCGGUUUCUAUUUCCACAGAGAAAUUCAAAACUCACGUUCUUAAGGAACCGGUUGGGGUUGUUGGGUUGAUAACAGCAUGGAACUACCCUUUAUUAAUGGCUGCGUGGAAAGUAGCUCCUGCCUUGGCUGCUGGCUGCGCUGCUGUUCUGAAACCGUCUGAGUUGGCAUCUAUAACUUGUUUGGAGCUAGCUGAGGUGUGUAUAAAUGUCGGUCUUCCUCCCGGUGUCCUCAACAUUGUGACUGGACUAGGCAAUGAAGCCGGAGCUAUUUUAACAUCUCAUCCAAAUGUUGAUAAGAUCGCGUUUACUGGAAGUACUAUCACCGGGAGCAAGAUUAUGGCAGCUGGAGCUCCAAUGAUCAAGCCUGUUGCACUGGAGCUCGGGGGGAAAAGCCCCAUUGUUGUUUUUGAGGAUGUUGAUAUCGACAAAGCUGUGGAAUGGACCUGCUUUGGUAUCUUUUUGACAAAUGGUCAGAUUUGCAGCGCAACCUCCCGUCUCAUAGUGCACGAAAGCAUUGCUGCAGAGUUUAUGGACAGGCUUGUGAAAUGGAGCAAAAACAUCAAGAUUUCAGAUCCUAUGGAACAAGGUUGCAGGCUUGGCCCUGUUGUUAGCAAAGGCCAGUAUGAGAAAAUAUUGAAGUUCAUCUCAACGGCUAAAAGUGAAGGAGCAAAAGUUGUGUAUGGUGGGGAUCGUCCUGAGCAUCUGAAGAAAGGGUUCUUCAUCGAACCGACCAUCAUAACUGAUGUAACACCCUCAAUGCAAAUAUGGAGAGAAGAAGUUUUUGGGCCUGUCCUCUGUGUCAAAACAUUCAGUUCAGAAGAGGAAGCUCUUGAACUGGCAAAUGACACCCAUUAUGGCUUAGGCGCCGCAGUCAUGUCAAAGGAUCUAGAACGCUGCGAACGCUUUUCUAAGGGCCUUCAAGCAGGAAUUGUAUGGAUCAAUUCCUCACAGCCAUCCUUCAUUCAGGCUCCAUGGGGAGGCAACAAACGGAGUGGUUUCGGGCGUGAAUUAGGGGAAUGGGGACUGGAGCUUUACUUGAGCGUCAAGCAGGUUACUGAAUAUGUAUCAGAUCAACCCUGGGGUUGGUUCGAGGCACCUCCACUGGAGGACGAUUCGGAAAUGAGUUAUUAUUAGAAAGAAAGAAAAACCCAACUACAUAGAAGAAAAUAAGAAGGGUUAUUAUAAUAUAUACGAGCAGAGAGCACACAUUGUGUGUGAACAAUUUCUUUUAAUAA